GUCAAACACAAUCCUCUCAGAGAAGGGGAGAGAACACAUAAAGAUUCAACUCACUCUUCGCAGUAUCAGAAGUGCGAUGGCACCUCCAAACUUUGCUUUAUGCUUCACAUGUCUGUUGGUGGUGAAUAUGGCUCACACAACAGCUUUAAAGCAGUCAUCAUUACAUUUUCUAUCAGCCAAUGUUGGGGAAAGCGUCACUUUGUCCUGCUCCUGUCCUGAUGAUGAAUCAGUGAUCUUUUACUGGUAUAAGCAAACUGCAGGACUGAACCCAAAGCUGGUGUCUUCAUUCUACAGUUAUAAUGCUAACAGCACUCUUCAUGAUGAAUUUAAGAAUCCACGUUUCUCAGUGGACUCUGAAAAGCAUAAAUAUCAGCUGAAGAUUUCAGAUUUGCGUAUUUCAGACUCAGGUACUUACUACUGUAUAGGGAGCAAUCUAUAUGCACUUGAAUUUUGUGAGGGCAGAACCGUCACCAUAAAGGGAUCAGAACUGAAAAUCCCAGUUUUGGUCCAUCCGUCAGCAUCUGAGACCAUCCAGCCAGGAGGCUCUGUGACUCUGAACUGUACAGUACACAAUGGGACCUGUGAUGGAGAACACAGUGUUUACUGGUUCAAAAACUCUGGAGAAUCUCAUCCAGGACUCAUUUACACCCAUGGAGGCAGGAAAGGUCAGUGUGAGAGGAAUCCCAACACACAAACUCACUCCUGUGUCUACAGUUUGCCACUGAAGAGCCUGAAUCUUUCUCAUGCUGAGACCUUCUCCUGUGCUGUUGCUUCGUGUGGACACAUUCUGUUUGGAGACGAGAUCAAGUUUGACAUUGAGAAUGAGGUGGACUCUCUUGUCUCUCUUGUGUAUAUCUUGAGUGCAGCUUUGGCAUUGACCACCAUCCUGGUUGUGCUACUGGCUUUCACAGUGUACAAGAUGAGUAAAAGGAAGUGCCAAUACACAGAGCCUAAUGAGACAUUUUCACCAACUUCUGCUCCAAAUGCAGCGCCAUGUCAAGACACAGAGAACCUUCAUUACGCUGCUUUAAGGGAUCUCAAGGCCAAUCGAUCCAGAAGACAGAAGAGCAACACCAAUGAUGAAUGUGUGUAUUCCAGUGUAAAGCAGUAGACCUGGCCGUGUUUCUAUAUUAUGUUUCAUAACAAGACAUUUUUUUAUUCGUAGUUAGAAUUUUCCUGAAACAUGAACACCUGAUAGGACUUCACCAUGCAAUGUCCAUCUAUCCAUCCAUUUUCUAUACCGCUUAUCCGUCAUGGUCGCGGGGAAGCUGGAGCCUAUCCCAGCUGACUACGGGUGAGAGGUGGGGUUCACCCUGGACUGGUCGCCAGUCAAUCGCAGACCCACCAUGCAAUGUCAAUGAACAUAAUGGCUUGUUUUGUAUUAAAUUUGCACAGAAAGAAAGUCUUGUGUCAGAGAGUUUCUCUGAAUUGAUGCCAGCGGUGAAACAUAAGCUGAUUUCCACCAUUUGUCACCAGACUAUAAAUAAAAGAUAAAUAAUAAUAACAGAAAAAAUAAA